GUGGUCGCUGGAGAAGGAUGACCGUAGCGACCGGGAGUGGGCAGGAAACGGUUCGGCUUGGACUAUGUAAGACGAGGCGAGGGGUCCGACCGAGCCGAGUUCCCAUCCAGACCGGAGUGUCCGAUCAGUCGUCGCGGCGCGUGCUGCUCCUCGCUUUUCGCUGUCGUUCGACGGGACCGGCCGGGAGACGCCGCCGAGAGUUCGUCCGGCGCAGGCAAGGUGGAUAUGAUCGUCCCCCGACUCGACCUUUUGACCUAACACCGCCCGGCGGACAAGCACGUGAUUACGGGAUGAACAAUCCGAUCGUCGACGGGAGUGCGCGAGAGAAAGCGACCGAGUGACGAAACAACGCGACGGAUACGACGAGAACCACCUGGAAGUAUCGUGCGUCCACCUGAUGAGAGCGACCAGCUUGACGGAAACGGUGUCGUGUGAGAUUGAGAAAUAAUCAAGAGAGAGAGAGAGAGAAAGAGACCCACGAGGUAUCCGUGCUUGAUCGUGAGCGAUAUCUUGAAUAGACUGCGCGAAAUGGAGGACUCAACAACGUCCAGCGUCCUGCUGGUAUCGAAGAUCGGCGCGAUGAUCGGUCUCGGCUUCGGUUCCUUGGCGUUGGGAGCUUUGCCGCUGAUGGUGGGCCUCUACAGGACGAAGCAGUUGAAGAAACGCCGCCGUGCGGUCUCCAAUCACUCCAGCACGUCGACUUCCACUUCGGCCUCCAACGCGUCCUCGUCGAGCGUCGACUCGGCCUCCACGGCGGACUCGCAAGGCCUGCUGAAGUCGCUGUUGCUCUGCUUCGGCGGCGGUGUGCUCCUGUACACGACGUUCCUGCACCUGGCGCCGGAAGUGCGCGCCAGUGUGGAGAGGCAUCAGUCCAACGGCCAGUUGCCGACCCUGGGUACCCUGAGCUUAGCCGAGUUGCUCUUCUGCAGCGGCUUCUUCCUCGUGUACCUGGUCGAAGAGGCGGUGCACGCCGCUCUAACCGGCAAGCCCGAGUCGUCCGAGGCGUUGCUCUACAGGACCGUGUCGGUGCGCAGAUGCAACAACAAUCAGACGGGCCCGUCGACGGUGACGAGCGGCUCGAUCACCACCAUGUCCACGACCACCAGGUCCACUUGGAAGGACACCGACGACCCCGAGGAAAACGAGGACCGUGCGGACACGGUGGAGCGAUCCAACAGGCUGCAACCCGACGACCUUGCAGGCCAAACUGCCAAGGACGAUAAGGUCCUACCGGCUAUUUUCGUAUUGUCGCCACCGAGCGUGGGCCAACAAGACGUCGAGAAGCAUUCCGACCCGGAGAUGGCGGUUCCCGAGCUGAGCUACCCGCGCUUGAAGCAUCAUCACCAGCACAGCGCAUUGUUGACUCAGAACAACACUUCGGUGCAAGGACUGCUGACUGUGUUGGCGUUGUCCUUCCAUGCGAUAUUCGAGGGCCUGGCGGUGGGCCUGGAGCCGUCCAUCAGCUCGGUGGUAUACCUGGCCGCUGCGAUCGCCACGCACAAGCUCGUCAUCUCCUUCUGCGUCGGCAUGGAGCUGUACGUGGCCGGCGCCUCCACCAGGACCACUCUCGGCUACCUGUCGAUCUUCUCCAUGGUGACGCCGAUCGGCAUCGCUGUGGGCCUCGCGUUGGGCCACUUCAAGAAUGACAGCGAGAAUCUGGGCCCCACGCCGACGAUACUUCAGGGCAUGGCGGCCGGCACCUUGCUCUACGUGGUGUUCUUCGAGGUGCUGGCCAGGGAGAGGGCGAACGAAAAGAGCGGCCUGUUGCAGCUCGUCGCGAUCAUCGUCGGCUUCACGCUGAUGUUGGGCCUGCAGAUUGUUACCGCCCAUUCCCAUUCGCACUCGCACUCGCACGGUGGUGGCCACACGCAUGCGGCCGGCCACGUGGACGAGCACGAUCAUCACGAGCACGAGCUGGAGAACCACCACUCGCACGCGCACGAGACGACGACCGUCUUGACGGACGCGAUCGACAAGGUGACGGAGAACUUCGUCGAGGCCCUGUCGAACGCCCUCACGUCGACGACCACCACCACGAUGCCGACGACGACGGAGACGACGACGCAAGAAGUCGUUAACAUGACCGAAUCGUCGACGUUGAUUCCUCAAAGCUAGGGAUCGACCCAAGUUCCGCUAAUGACUUUCUAACGGUGCCAAGUUUCGCCGAUCCAGCUCCGGGGGGAAGGCUCGUGGGAGAUUUGUGAAGGGUGAAGGGAGCUUUCCUAGAGCUCUCCUCUCGACGGUGACGAUAAGGACAGUGCCUUCGCCGAGACGAACUUUGCUCGAGUAGGGGGAGGCCGUCUCGUCGGUGGAUUCUCACGGAUCAUCCGGCGGCCAUCGAUCGGCACAUGCUGCGUAUCUGAGGCGGAACGUUGUUGUUGUUCAACGCGAGAGUGGCCCCGAGGAAAAACCUUAUGAAUUCCUGACGGUGUUGCUAACUGUUGCGACAGACACGUGAAGAAUGUGCGCUUUUCCGAGGAAGUUCGCCGUAGCGGGAUCUUUUUUUUCUUUUUUCUAACGUCUUAGGUAGUUCUAUCGUUCGUAUGACUAUUUAAGUGCCUUCAAGUUCACCAACGGUCCACGCCGAGCCGAGGCCUGGAUGUUCCAUGCGAUCGGAAGUAUUACAAGUAAUACCGAGAGGGAUGUAGACGGAAGAAUUCGACACGCGAAGGAUUCUUCUCGCUUAGUCGGGAAAAUGCGAACGCGAAUCCGCGUGAAAUCUGCCGAAUGAGGCUCGAUUCUGAAUUUUUCCGCCUGAAAAAUACGCCGCGCACCUGUGUAAGAUAUUUUAAUAAAUUAUCACGGGGGUAUUUUUA